UGCGCAUGGGCAGUUGGUUCUCUAAUCCACGUGUGUUUUGAUUCCAAGAUGGCGGCUUCUUUGCCGUUUGUUGRAACCAUCGACUCAGAUGAAGAAAUAGAACCUUUAGACGAAGACAACGACAGCGAGGAAGAAGAACUACCAAAGAAGAAGAAAAGUAAAAAGAUUAAAGAUAAGUCGUUGUUUGAGAAAGGGUUCUCGUUUACAGACCCGAACGAUUUGGAAGAUCAGUCAUGGAAUCUGGACAUGGCAAUUAAAGUUGCCAAAAAGAAAGAUGAAUUGGCAACCCCAACCACUUCACUGCAAGACAAGAUAUCCAAGAAAAGAGAAUCUAAAAAGAAGCAGAAAGCAAAAAGUAGGGAGGAGGAAAACACUGAACAAGAGGAAGAGGAGGAAGUCACUCAAUCAAAGGCAACAGAAGGCACCAAAUCAAGCACAGAAGACUUGCAGGACAGCUCAGAAGAUGAAGAUGAGCUUGAAGAUAAGGAGCUGUUAUCAUAGGAUUGGAAAAAAUGGUUCCACACCACUUUCUUGCAAUAUGCACAUUGGUUUAAAAUGCUGCAACAAUUACUGUAAAAUGGUUUUUGUAAAA